AUGUCUUUGAAGGAUUUUUAAGUUCUCUCGAAAUUAGGUAUUUAAAUUAUAACUAACCAUUUUUAGGAGAAGGAGCAUACUCAUCAGUCUACAAAGUAAAAAGAUUGGAAGAUGGUCAUGAAUAUGCUUUAAAGAAAGUAAAAUUAUAGAACUUGAAUGAUAAAGAGAAGUAAAAUGCAAUAAACGAGGUUCGCAUUUUAGCAUCAGUAAAGCAUCCAAAUAUAAUUUGUUAUAAGGAAGCCUUUAUUGAUUUAUAGAGUAAUUCAUUAUGGUAUUCUAAAAUGAAAUUUUGUUAUUUAGUAUAGUGAUGGAAUUUGCUGAUGGAAGUGACUUAUAUCAAAAGAUUGUAAAUAGUAAAAAGAACAAUAAACCAAUUGAAGAGUAAACAAUUUGGAAUAUAUUCAUCUAAAUUGUAAGGGGUUUGAAAGCAUUGCAUGAAUUGAAAAUACUGCAUAGAGAUUUGAAAGUAUAAAUAGUAUUGAUCUUUAGAGUGCCAAUGUAUUUUUAUCACAAAAUGGAGAUGUUAAGUUAGGAGAUAUGAAUGUAUCAAAGGUGGCUAAAAAAGGAUUACUUUAUACUUAGACUGGAACUCCCUUUUAUGCUAGUCCAGAAGUGUGGAAAGAUUAACCUUAUGAUCAAAAAUCAGAUAUUUGGAGUUUAGGAUGUGUAAUAUAUGAGAUGGCAGCACUGAAGCCUCCAUUUUAAGCUGAAGAUAUGGAAGGCUUAUAUAAACGAGUAAUACGUGGAUACUAUCCAAAAAUACCUUAGCAUUAUUCACAAGACCUCAAUAAUGUUAUACGAUCUAUGUUGUAAGUGUAACCACAUUUAAGACCUAAUUGUGAUAAACUCUUACAAUUUCCUUCAAUAUUAAAAAGAUAAGAGGAAAUACCAUAACCAGAAUAAGUAGAUAAUGAACCUAAUACUUUGUUAUCAACUAUCAAAUUUCCUAAAAACUACCAUUAUUUUACAUCUAUGUUACCCAAACCUUGUUAUGAUUUUAUUAAUAGAAAACAAAUAAAAUCACUUCAUUCAUAAUAAGCUAGUCCAAAUCCAAGAUCUAUAAUGAGUGUAAAUGGUAGUUAUGAAGAUGUUACUAGUUAGAAAUCUAUUGAAAAGGGAGGUGUUAAUAUUGUUAAUAGAAAACCCUAACCUGAAGUUCUUAUGAUACUCGAAUAUCAAAAUAAAGUAUGAGAAAUACAUAUAUAUUUAUUUAGUAAAUUCGAAAACCUAUAAUGAAGAUUCGACCGAAUAGACAUUCAAGUCAAGAAGAAGUUAGUUUAUUAGAUGUUAUUACUUAAUAAUAAUCAAAAAUCUCAUUAGAAAAUUAAAAGUUACCUAUUUUAGAAGAAUAAUCUCCAAUUAAACGCAAGAUUAGACCUAACAAACAUAGGAAUCAAAGUUUGCCUAAUACUAAUCUACUCCCACUUAUUUAAGCAGGUGUUUUAAAAUGA